GGCUGCGGGGACCGGACGGGGCGCGCGCGCGGGCGCGGCGGGCCGCGGGGGAGCCGAGUCGGGGCCGGGGUCCGAGCCGCAGCGGGAGGCGCCAGGGCGGCCGGCGGAGAUGGCGGCUGCGGCGACUGCGGCCGCGGCGGCGGAGGAGGGGAUGGAGCCGCGGGCGCUGCAGUACGAGCAGACGCUGAUGUAUGGAAGGUAUACUCAAGACCUCGGGGCCUUUGCCAAAGAAGAAGCAGCUCGGAUCCGCCUGGGAGGGCCGGAAACGUGGAGAGGCCCGCCGUCCCCCCGGACGCCCCCGGAACUCCUGGAAUACAGGAAGAGCCGCUGUGCCCCAUGCCGGAUCUGCUCCGUGCGCUGCCACAAGUUCUUGGUGUCCCGGGUGGGUGAAGACUGGAUCUUUCUGGUCCUGCUGGGCCUGCUCAUGGCGCUGGUCAGCUGGGCCAUGGACUAUGCCAUCGCGGCGUGCCUGCAGGCUCAGCAGUGGAUGUCCCAAGGCUUGAACGCCAACCUUCUGCUCCAGUACCUGGCCUGGGUCACCUACCCCGUGGUGCUCAUCACCUUCUCAGCUGGAUUCACACAGAUCCUGGCUCCUCAGGCUGUCGGGUCCGGCAUCCCCGAGAUGAAGACCAUCUUGCGGGGCGUGGUGCUCAAGGAAUACCUCACGCUCAAGACCUUCGUGGCGAAGGUCAUCGGGCUGACCUGUGCCCUGGGCAGCGGGAUGCCCCUCGGCAAGGAGGGGCCCUUUGUGCAUAUUGCCAGCAUGUGUGCCGCCUUGCUCAGCAAGUUCCUCUCUCUCUUUGGGGGUAUCUAUGAGAAUGAGUCCCGGAACACGGAGAUGCUGGCGGCCGCCUGUGCUGUGGGAGUAGGCUGCUGCUUCGCCGCGCCCAUCGGAGGCGUCCUGUUCAGCAUCGAGGUCACGUCCACCUUCUUUGCCGUCCGCAACUACUGGCGUGGCUUCUUCGCCGCCACCUUCAGCGCCUUCAUCUUCCGUGUUCUGGCCGUCUGGAACCGCGAUGAAGAAACCAUCACCGCUCUCUUCAAAACCCGGUUCCGCCUGGACUUCCCCUUUGACCUGCAGGAGCUGCCCGCCUUCGCAGUCAUCGGGAUUGCAAGUGGCUUCGGGGGAGCCCUCUUCGUCUACCUGAACCGCAAGAUCGUACAGGUGAUGCGGAAGCAGAAAACCAUCAACCGUUUCCUCAUGAAGAAACGCCUGCUCUUCCCAGCACUGGUGACCCUGCUCAUCUCCACGCUGACCUUCCCCCCUGGCUUCGGACAGUUCAUGGCUGGGCAGCUUUCCCAGAAAGAGACGCUGGUCACCCUCUUUGACAACCGGACGUGGGUCCGCCAAGGCCUGGUGGAGGACCUGGAACCUCCCGGAACCUCCCAGGCCUGGAGCCCGCCGCGCGCCAAUGUCUUCCUCACCCUGGUCAUCUUCAUCCUCAUGAAGUUCUGGAUGUCCGCGCUGGCUACCACCAUCCCAGUCCCCUGCGGGGCCUUCAUGCCCGUCUUCGUCAUUGGAGCGGCAUUUGGGCGGCUGGUGGGUGAGAGCAUGGCGGCCUGGUUCCCAGAUGGCAUCCACACGGACAGCAGCACCUACCGGAUCGUGCCAGGGGGCUAUGCGGUGGUGGGGGCAGCCGCCCUGGCGGGAGCGGUGACACACACAGUGUCCACGGCCGUGAUCGUGUUCGAGCUGACGGGCCAGAUCGCCCACAUCCUGCCUGUCAUGAUCGCCGUCAUCCUGGCCAACGCGGUGGCGCAGAGCCUGCAGCCCUCCCUCUACGACAGCAUCAUCCGCAUCAAGAAGCUGCCGUACCUCCCGGAGCUGGGCUGGGGCCGCCACCAGCAGUACCGUGUCAGGGUGGAGGAUAUCAUGGUGCGGGAUGUCCCCUACGUGGCGCUCAGCUGCACCUUUCGUGACUUGCGGGUGGCACUGCACAGGACCAAGGGCCGUAUGCUGGCCCUCGUGGAGUCCUCUGAGUCCAUGAUCCUGCUGGGCUCCAUCGAGCGCUCCCAGGUGGUGGCGCUGCUGGCGGCCCAGCUGAGCCCCGCGCGCCGGCGGCAGUACCUGCAGGAGCGGAGGGCGGCCCAGACCUCCCCCGCGUCCGAUCAGGAGAGUCCCCCCAGCCCCGAGACUUGCGUCCGCUUCCAGGUGAACACGGAGGAGUCAGGCUUCCCUGCACCCCGGGGGGACACUCACAAGCCUCUGAAACCUGCUCUCAAGCGGGCGUCCAGCAACUUGGGGGAGAGCCCCGUAGGUAACGUGGAGCAGGCUGGCAUCGCCCUGCGGAGCCUCUUCUGCGGCAGCCCACCCCCCGAAGCGUCAGAGUCCAAGUCGGAACCCUGCGAAAGGCGCAAGCUGAAGCGAGUCCGAAUCUCCCUGGCUAGCGACUCGGACCUGGAAGGCGAGAUGAGCCGGGAGGAGAUUCUGGAGUGGGAAGAGCAGCAGUUGGACGAGCCCGUUAACUUCAGCGACUGCAAGAUCGACCCAGCGCCUUUCCAGCUGGUGGAACGCACUUCUCUGCACAAGACACACACCAUCUUCUCGCUGCUGGGAGUGGACCACGCUUACGUCACCAGCAUCGGCCGACUCAUCGGCAUCGUCACCCUCAAGGAGCUCCGGAAGGCCAUCGAGGGCUCUGUCACAGCCCAGGGCGUGAAGGUCCGGCCACCUCUGGCCAGCUUCCGGGACAGUGCCACCAGCAGCAGCGACACGGAGACCACCGAGGUGCACGCGCUCUGGGGGCCCCGCUCCCGCCACGGGCUCCCCCGGGAAGGCAGCCCCUCUGACAGCGACGACAAGUGCCAGUGAGCAGCCCCGCCGUGCCACGCCAUGGGCCCUUCUGCCAAGGGCACGCAGCGCUCGGGGGCCGAGCCCCACCACCCACCGCGCCCUCCCAGACCAGGGUUCACUCUGCCCGGACCCCACUGCAGCUCCCCGGCGGCAGGAAAUCAAGCGUCCCGGCAGGGAGGGGUGGGGUUACCGGACCCCCCUGCCCUCCACUUUGAGGGGGGCGGGGAGAGAACUAGGAUGGGUUUAUACUGGAACCUCCAAAUGACCAGAUGUAUAUAGAGAUUUACAAAGAUUUUUAUAUUAAUUUAAUAAAACAAAUUCUUAAAUAGAACAAAAUAAACACCUAAUGAGCCACUUAUAUAUAGAAUGUCUGUGCCCAUCAGCUCUUGUUCUUACCUGCCAAAGUCUACAGGGCUCCGAAUCCUGCAGCCGCCCUCACGGCCACCCCCUGCCCCCGUCCCCCUGGCCCCCGGCCCUAGAACUCCGGGGCCCCGUGGGCUCCAGAAAAACGUAGAAUCUGCGGAGGCCUCCACCGACUCAUCACCCAACACCCUGCCUGGGGCGGAGGCCCCCCAGGACGGUAGCUUUGGCCUUUUUGUUCAGCCGAGAAAGGCACUAACCUCUUUCCUCCCCAAAGAGAGUUCCUCCCUCUGGACUCACUCAUUGGCACCAUUCCUGCCCCGCGUGGGGGCAGCAGCGGCCCGGGAGGGCCCCCUAGUGGCCGUCUCGAGCAGCACACCCGAGCCCCAGCUCUGCAGCAAUUACUGAGUCCGCCCUGGAGAUACAGGACCAGGGGCUGGGGAAGGACCCAGCCCCCCCCACACACCAACCCCCAGCCCCGACCCCUCUCCCCUCCCUCCAGCAGGGCCAGGGGAAGGGUGCAGGGCACGGGUUUCUGUCAUGCCGAUGCCUGCCAGGGAAGAUGAGACUGUAAGAACAGACCCCAACCCCUCUUUCUUUAGGAAAAAGAAAAGAUUUAGAGAUGAUGGUGAGAGGGGAUGCACAGCACAAGCCUGGCUGGGCUGGGGGCUGGGGCGGGGAUGAGAUUGGUCACUGCACACGGACGGAUGGGAGGUGAGGAGAGCAGCAGAAGAGAGAGGCGUGGGGCAGGCACGGGGGGGGGGUCAGGUUCCCUCUCCCCAACCCCCCUGCCCCUCCCCA